CCUGCUAACACCCCCACCUUCUCAUGGUAACAUAUUCAAAACAUUGCAUAACAUUGUUAAAAACUUAAUUAUGGUAACAUUCACAGAAAACAUUGUUGAUGAAGUGGUUUAAAAUAUGGCUUAUGUCUUAUGUAAACUAUAUAUCUGCAGGUUUAAGUAAGCCAUGGAGGGAGAUUCCAGAUACAAAACUCACAAAAUCAAGACUGAAAACUCAGCCAGUUCUUGUCCCUUUGUUUUCAAUGACACCAUGGGCCUUGAUGAAGGAAAUAACCAUGGAGUCCAUGUGGAAGACAUCAAACUGGCCAUGAAAGGACAUGUGAGAGAAAACUACAUGUUUGAUCCUGAAUCCUCAUUGUCUGAGGGUGAUGAAGGUUACAACCCAUGCCCCACACUAGAUGACAAAGUUCACAUUCUGGUUCUUGUUGUUGAUGCUGGUAAAGUAUCUUUAAUGGAUGACAAAGUUGUGGAGAAAAUGAAGGAUGUACGACAGGCAGCCUGUGACUUGGGGAUUCCCCAAUUGGCAAUUCUAACAAAAAUUGAUGAAGCCUGUCCUAUGGCUAAAACAAAUGUACAAAAUGUCUAUAGAAGCAAGUAUCUUAAGCAACAGAUUGACAUGUUCAGCCAGUUGGUGGGCCUUCCACUGAGCUGCAUCUUUCUUGUGAAGAACUACAGUUCAGAAAUCUUCACAAAUGAUGACAUUGACACAAUGAUACUGAACACACUGAGACAGAUAAUAAACUAUGGAGAGGACUUCCUGGACAACCUGGAGCAAAACUGAAGCAAAACUUGUU